AUGUACAUGAACACCUCAGCGCUGUGUCGAGCAGCAGCUGCUCCUUUGGCAUUCCGUCGCCAUCGGGCGCUCCUUCCAGCGACAACAACUUGCGUCCCCCAACUGCUUUGGCGUCUCCCGCAUGGCGCUAAUCGCUGUGCUGCUGCUGUGUCCGCGCGCGGGUUCGCCUCGUCGGCGGCGGCUAAGAACGGCUUCGAGUGCCGGCACUGUGGCCAGUCGUUCGCCAAGUGGCAGGGGCAGUGCUCGUCGUGCUCGCAAUGGGGUUCCGUCGUCUCCGCUGCGGUCGACCAGCCGUUCUAUCGCCAGUCAAAUGGGUCGUCGACGUCGUUCACGCGAACUUCGCCGUCCAAGCGCUCAGUGGCUUCAGUGGCUUCAGACCUCUCUGCACUUGUCGAGCACGUGCCCCGUGCUCGACGCAUGAAUGAGGUCGAAGUCCACACGGCCGUUGAGCGCUUAGAGCUGCCGGACCGUGAGCUGAAUUGGGUGCUGGGCGGAGGUAUCGUGGCCGGCUCCAUGACGCUGUUGGCUGGCAAUCCUGGCGUUGGCAAGAGCACGCUCGCACUGCAGAUGGCCAAUAUGCUCGCCAACAAGUCGUCGAUGCGAGAGUCAGGAGUGCUGUACGUGUCGGGCGAAGAGACGGCGCUUCAAGUGCGGAUGCGAGCCGAACGUCUUGGAUUCGUGAGCGACAGCCUCUUCGUGGCGAGCGAGACGAACCUCGACGCGGUGUUCCAGCUGCUGGACACUGGCUGCGGACCUGACGUGGAUCGCGACACGUACCGAGGCUUUGGGGCUGUGGUCAUCGACUCGAUCCAGACCGUGUACGCAGCAGACGUUCCUUCGCCAGCGGGUACCGUGACCCAAGUGAAAGAGUGCACGCUACGGCUGCUUCGACUCGCCAAGUCGCGCAACGUGCCUGUGGUCCUCAUCGGCCACGUGACGAAAAGUGGCGACAUUGCUGGCCCCAAGGUGCUGGAACACAUCGUCGACACGGUCGUGCACCUCGAAGGCGACCCGCAGAGUCCGCGGCGCUUCCUGCGCUGCCAGAAGAAUCGCUUUGGAAGCACCGACGAGGUCGGCGUCUUCAACAUGACUGACGAAGGCCUUCAGCAGCUGCCGAACCCUCUCAUGGCGUUCGUUUCGGCACGCAGCGAAGACAGACCAGACGACUCUCGGGACAGCAGCGCCGACGUCGAGACGGAGCUCGAUGGGUGCGCUCUGACCAUUGCAAUCGAAGGGAAGCGGCCAUUCCCGCUCGAGAUUCAAGCCCUGGCAAACCGGGCAUAUAACGUCGAUGCUGGACGUGACGGCAGUCACGCGUUCUCCCGGGUACGUGGAGUCGGCGUGGCGUACGACAAGCUCCUUCUUCUGUUCGCUGUACUGGAAAAGCGUGCAAAGGUCUCUUGCCGCAAUCAGAGCGUCUUCGUGAACAUCGCCGAAGGCUACACGAUCCAGGAACCAGCGGCCGACUUGGCACUGGCCGUCGCAUUGGCCAGCGCUGUUCUUGGCCGUCCUGUGGUGGAGCGUACUGCGUUUCUUGGCGAGAUGUCGCUGUCAGGUCACCUGCGUCCAGUCAAGAUGCUCGAAUCACGGCUCACAGCAGCGCACAAGAUCGGGCUCGAGGUCUGCGUGAUUCCCAAAGUGCCCGACGAAGCCACGCGUCGUGCAUUGCACCGGAAGUAUGCCGACACGCUCACUGUUGUCGAGGUGUCGACGCUGCUACAAGCGCUGAAGAUUGCGUUUCGUUCGCCAGCUACCGCGUCAUCUCUGAAAGCAAACGGAUCCGCUUAG